AUGAAAGUAUUUCUUGGGCCUAUUUGUCUCAUAGUUCUACUGAUUCCUUCUCUCAAAGCUGAUAAAUUCCAGGAAUAUGAAGAUGAACUAGUUCAAAUUUCACCUGCAAAUGAAAUUUUUAUUCAUUUAUGCUCUUCUAAGUGGUUCAAAAACAGAGACACUACAACUUGGUAUAAAAAUGAUAGCAACAUACCUAUAUCUGUGGAACAAGGAUCCAGGAUUCAUCAGUUCCAAGAUAAACUUUGGUUUGUUCCUGCUCACGUAGAAGACUCUGGACAUUACUACUGCGUACUCAGAAAUUCAACUUACUUCUUCAAACUUAAAAUAAACCUGAAGUUUGUGGAAAAUGAUCCUAACUUGUGUUACAGCACACAAGUUGUGUUUCCACAAAAACUACCCAUGGGACAACGUGGACAGCUUGUGUGCCCCAAGCUAUUCCUCAAUGAAAAUCACGGGUUCCCCACGGUAGAGUGGUAUAAGGAUUGCAAGCCUUUACUUCUUGACAAUGUAACAUAUUUUGGAGAAAAAAAUAAACUCAUCCUCAUGAAAGUGACUGAAGAACAUAAAGGGAAAUAUUCUUGUCAAGCAUUCUAUAGGCACUUGGACAAGCAGUAUCGUAUGACCCGUGUCAUCGAAUUCACUCCUGUAGUGAAAGCAAUAAUGACUGCACCAUUGAUUAUAAGCCCAGUUAAUGAGACAGUGGAAGUGGAAUUGGGAUCCCAGAUACAGUUGAUCUGCAAUGUCACGGAUAGCACUGGCAUGGGUAGCUUCUUCUGGCAGUGGAAUGGGUCCACCAUUCCUGAAGAGGACCAGGUGUUGGUGGAAGAUUAUCAAAUAAUGAAACUUCAAGGCUCAAAAAAGCAAAUAAUCAUAUAUCUUAAUAUUUCACAAGUAGAGAGGAAGUUUUACCUAUAUCCGUUUACCUGUAAGGCCACAAAUUGGCUUGGCUACAGUGUAGCUUAUGUCCAAUUUGUACAUCCAGUCCGUGAGUUCCAGAUGCAUGUUAUAGGAGUAUUCAUCAUGUUGACAGUACUAAUUACAUGCUCCAUUUUCACCUAUAAAUUCUUCAAGAUUGACAUUGUACUUUGGUACCGGGAUUUCUGCUAUGUCUUUCUUCCCAAAAAAGCUUCAGAUGAAAAGAUCUAUGAUGCGUACAUACUAUAUCCCAAGACACUUCAGGAAGGAUCCUCUACUACCUCAGAUAUUUUUGUGUUUAAAGUCUUACCUGAGGUUUUGGAAAAACAAUGUGGAUAUAAUCUGUUUAUUUAUGGAAGGGAUGACUACAUUGGAGAAGACAUCGUUGAGGUCGUUUAUGAAAACAUAAAGAAAAGCAGGAGACUGAUCAUCAUCUUAGUCCAAGACGCACUGGAAUUCAGCUGGAUGGGGAGUACUUCUGAAGAGCAGAUAGCUAUGUAUAGUGCUCUCAUCCAAGAUGGAAUGAAAGUUAUCCUGCUUGAGUUGGAGAAAAUCCAAGACUAUAAGGAAAUGUCUGAAUCAAUUAAAUUCAUCAGGCAAAAACACCGGGCCAUAAGGUGGUCAGGGAACUUUACAGAGAAGUCUCUGUCCCCAAAAACAAGAUUCUGGAAAAAUGUACGGUACCAUAUGCCUGCUCAGCCGAAAGUGCCUUUAUCCACACACAACUUCCUAUCUAUAGCCACUACCCCAAACUCUGUGGGGAAAAGUCCAGGAGAGCUCCGUGUGCCUCUUGGGUAG